CCCUGAUAAAGGGAACUUGUCUCUUUUCCACCACAACCCCGAAUCAAAUCUUUCUCUGCUACUGCUUUGGGCAUUUAAGUACUUUCCAUUUUCACACCAAUUUCACUCUCUUCCACCUUUCUCACUUUGCCUAGAAAAAGAUCCAAAAGCAUCACGUUUCGCUUGCACUCCUCUCCUCCAUAAUUAUAACCUUCUAACUACUACCGCCCUUUUUUGCUUAUUCAGUGUUUUCUUCCUCGCUGUUCUUGCACGCCCAAUACCCAAAAAGAUCAUCCUCUUCUUUCCAUGUGAAAAUCCUCUGAGAUUCCUUUCCAAUUCAAGCCUCUACACCCUCAAGAACCUUUCACUCUCAAAUCAUUAGUAUGAGCUUCAAGGGUUCUCUUCUGAUUCUCUGUUUUGUCUGUUUAUGUUCUUCUUCUUUGGUUUUUUCUAUCGUUGGUGACGCUGAAAUAUUGAUCCGAGUCAAGAAUGCUAUGCUUGACGACCCCAGUGGAAAACUUAGUGACUGGGUUGAAAGUUCUGAUCAUAACCCUUGUAAAUGGAGUGGCAUUGCUUGUGAUUCUCGGAAUCAAACGGUUGUUUCAAUUGAUUUAUCUGGGUUUGGCAUCGCCGGUGGGUUUCCUACUGGAUUCUGUCACAUUCCGACUCUCCAGAACCUUUCUCUUGGGGACAAUUUCUUCAAUGGUAGUCUUACUUAUCGUGCUCUUUCUCCAUGCUCACACCUUCAUGUAUUGGUCCUCACCAGCAAUUUAUUCGUCGGUCAGUUGCCAGAACUCUUGCCGGAUUUUGACAAUUUAAGAGUCCUAGAUCUCUCGAGCAACAACUUUACCGGCGAUAUUCCUGCUAGUUUUGGCAGGAUACAGUCCCUGGAAGUGCUCUCUCUGGUCUCUAACUUGCUUACCGGUCCAAUCCCGUGGUUCUUAUCCAAUCUCACCGAAUUAACCAGGUUGGAACUCGCUUACAAUCCGUUCAAGCCAAGCCCUCUGCCUCAAGAGAUUGGCAGUUUAUCAAAGCUCGAGAAUUUGUAUCUUACUAACACGAAUCUCAUCGCCGAAAUUCCAGGAUCGAUUGGGAAGCUUGGCUCGUUGUACAAUCUGGAUUUGUCAAAUAAUUUCAUCACUGGUAAGAUUCCAGAGAGCAUUUCUGGAUUAAAAAGCAUACAGCAAAUUGAGCUCUACAACAAUCUACUGUACGGUGAGUUACCCGAAAGUCUGUCAAAUUUGACUACUUUGCUUAAGUUAGAUGUCUCACAGAACAAUCUCACCGGGAACUUGCCGGAAAAGAUCGCUGCAAUGCAACUCCAGUCAUUAAAUUUAAAUGACAACUACUUCGCCGGUGAAAUCCCUGAGGUUUUGGCUUUGGAUCCAAAUCUAUCUGAAUUAAAAAUCUACAACAACAGCUUUACCGGGAAAUUACCUGCGAAUCUUGGCAGGUAUUCUGAUUUGGAAACUUUUGAUGUUUCGACCAAUGAUUUUACCGGUGAGUUGCCGCAGUAUCUCUGCCACAGGAAGAAGCUUCAAAACGUUAUUGCUUUUGUCAAUCGUUUCUCUGGUAGUUUGCCUGAGACCUUGAGUGAAUGUAGCAGUUUAAAUUAUGUGAGGCUUGCUGAUAAUGAGCUCUCUGGUCCAGUACCAGACAAGUUCUGGGGUCUCCAUACUCUUCGUCUUGAAUUAUCUAAUAACAAAUUUGAAGGUCCAAUUUCUUCUUCAAUCUCCGGUGCUCGAGGAUUAUCUCGCCUUUUAAUCAACGGCAACAACUUCUCCGGUAAUUUACCGGCGGAAAUUUGCGAAUUGCAUGAGCUUAUCGAGAUCGAUUUGAGCCGUAAUCAAUUCGUAGGUGAAUUACCUUCAUGUAUAACUGAAUUGAAUAAGUUGCAGAAGCUGGACAUGCAAGAGAAUAUGUUUUCUGGGGAGAUUCCGAAUUCAGUGAGUUCGUGGACUGAUUUAACUGAAUUAAAUUUAUCAAGAAAUCGAUUCUCCGGCAAGAUUCCACCUGAACUUGGUAACUUACCGGUUUUAACAUAUAUGGAUCUUUCCGACAACCUCCUCACCGGCGAAAUUCCGAUGGAGUUGACCAAGUUGAAGCUGAAUGAGUUCAAUGUCUCUGAUAAUAGAUUAUACGGGAAAGUUCCUACCGGUUUCUCUAAUGCACUGUACUUGCCGAGUUUACUGGGUAACCCGAAUCUCUGCAGCCCGGAUUUUAAACCGCUCCCUCCAUGCUCCAGACCCAAACCCGCCACCUUGUACAUUGUAGUCAUUUUAGCAAUUUGCGUUUUAGUUCUUGUUGGGUCGCUUUUAUGGUUCUGCAAAACCAAGUCGUUGCUUGUGAGAAAAUCGAAACGCCCAUAUAAAGUCACAGCAUUUCAACGGGUCGGGUUUACAGAGGAAGAUAUAUUUCCACACUUAACAAAAGAGAACCUAAUAGGAUCAGGCGGGUCGGGUCAGGUUUACAAAGUGGAGCUCAAAACAGGACAGAUUGUUGCAGUGAAGAGGCUCUGGGGAGGUACACAGAAACCAGAGACAGAAUUUGUGUUCAGAUCAGAAGUGGAGACACUGGGUCGAGUCCGGCAUGGCAAUAUCGUAAAAUUAUUGAUGUGUUGCAGUGGAGAAGAGUUCAGAUUUCUGGUAUAUGAUUACAUGGUGAACGGAAGUUUAGGCGACGUGUUGCAUGGAGAAAAAGGUGGUUGUUUACUAGAUUGGCCCGGGAGGUUCGCGGUGGCUGUGGGCGCUGCACAGGGAUUGGCUUAUUUGCACCAUGAUUGCGUACCAGCUAUAGUUCACAGGGACGUUAAGAGCAACAACAUAUUGUUGGACGAGGAGAUGAGGCCACGGGUGGCGGAUUUUGGAUUGGCCAAGACGUUGCAGAGUGAGGCGGGUGAGAGUGAUGCUGCCAUGUCUCGGAUCGCUGGUUCCUACGGCUACAUUGCGCCAGAGUAUGCGUACACGCUUAAAGUGACAGAGAAGAGUGAUGUGUACAGCUUUGGAGUAGUGUUAAUGGAGUUGAUCACAGGCAAAAGGCCAAACGACUCUUGCUUUGGUGAGAGUAAAGACAUAGUGAAAUGGGUAACUGAGGCUACAUUAUCAUCAUUGCGUGAAGAAGCAAGUGAAAAUAACAUCAGCCGAACUUUCUACACUGGAGAUCUGCAAGAGAUCAUAGAUUCAAGAAUGGAUCAAUCAACAUGUGAUUUUGAAGAAAUUGAAAAGGUUUUGAAUGUAGCUCUUCUUUGCACUUCAGCAUUUCCUAUUAACAGGCCCUCCAUGAGAAGGGUAAUUGAAUUGCUCAAGGACCAGAAAUUUCCUCGUCCUAAAUGACGGCUUCCAAUAAUUGGCAGGCAAUGUUCUUACUCCUGUAACUCUUAUUUUCCCUGCAAUUGUGGCGCCUUGCGCUUGACUUAGAAGCAAAGGUGAACUAGCACUCGCUCUGUUUUUUAUUAUUAUUAUUAUUAUUAUUAUUUAUCUUUGCUUUAGUUGAAAUUGACAUGUUUUAUUAAGCUGUACAUGUGGGUGUUGAUUUCUAUAGACUUUGACAAUUUACAGGCAGAAGUAGCUAGUUGGCUAAUUCAGUU